AUGGACAACACAAGCUGGGCAUCAAACCACACUGGAUGGUCAGAUUUUAUCCUAUUGGGAUUCUUCACUCAAUCGAAUCACCCAGCUCUUCUUUGUGCCGUCAUUUUUGUGGUUUUCCUGCUGGCCUUGUCUGGAAACAGCAUUCUGAUCCUUCUGAUACACUGGGAUAUCAAUCUCCAUACUCCAAUGUACUUUUUCAUCAGUCAGUUGUCUCUCAUGGAUGUCAUGUAUAUUUCAGUCACGGUGCCCAAGAUGCUAUUGGACCAAGUCAUGGGUAUAAACACAAUUUCACCUUUUGAAUGUGGGAUUCAGAUGUUCUUAUAUCUGACACUAGUAGGUUCAGAAUUUUUCCUUCUUGCAGCCAUGGCCUAUGAUCGUUAUGUGGCCAUCUGCCAUCCACUCCAUUAUUCUAAUCUUAUGAACCGUAAAAUGUGCUUCCUUUUGGUGUCUGCCUGCUGGUGUCUGGGAAUGGUGGAUGGGUUCAUGCUCACACCUGUCACCAUGACAUUCCCAUUCUGCAGAUCUCGGCAGAUCCAACAUUUCUUCUGUGAGACCCCUGCUCUAAUGAAGCUUUCUUGUUCAGACACAACCCUCUAUGAGACGCUUAUGUAUGUAUGCUGUGUCCUCAUGCUUCUUAUACCUGUAACAGCAAUUUCAAGCUCUUAUUAUUUAAUCCUUCUUACCAUCUACAGGAUGAAAUCAGCAGAAGGCCAGAAGAAGGCAUUUGCGACUUGUUCUUCUCAUAUGAUUGUGGUUACUAUUUUCUAUGGGGCUGCUGUGUACACAUACAUGCUUCCCAAUUCUUUUCACACACCUGAGAAGGACAUGUUGGCCUCUGUUUUUUACACAAUACUAACACCUGUUCUAAACCCAUUCAUAUAUAGUUUUAGGAACAAAGAUGUCACAGCAGCUCUGACAAAAAUGGUGAAUGUGGGGGUUCUUAUGCGCUGA